UAUUUGAGCAAUUUUGGAGCCAAACCCGCCCUUCCGUUUGGCGGGAAACCCCAAAAAAAAAAAAGAAAAAAGAUGUUUUUGUUUCCAAAAAACAAAUACAUUUUUAAUUAAUUUCUGCGAAUAAACAGAACAGUUUUUUGGUUUUCCUUUGGAGAAAAUUUGAUUCUGUCUUUUGUGAUUUUUCCACCUUCUUCAGUAAUUGUAAACCCAUUUUCCUAGAAACCCUUGAAGCGAAAAAGAAGGAAAACAAAACCCAAAAAAUUCAGGGAAAAAAAAAAAAACACAUUUCAUUUCUUAUCUGUUUCUCCAGGUCGAUUUGCUCUCAGAUUCAGAUUCUAUAGCGGGGUUUUGGAUUUAGGCUCGGAAAUUCUUUCUCGGGUUGAGUCGACUCGGUGUGUUUUGGUGGAGGGCUUCGGAUUUUUCCAGAAGUGCGAAAUGGUUGAAAUCAUCGCCGGUGCUGAUCCAAAUGACCAGGAAAUGAACGGUCAAGAUCGACCCAAGAAGACCCAGAAGCGAAAGAGGGCUAGUUUGGAUCUAGAAAGCUUGGGUACGGAGGAAAAAUUGGCUCAGAUUGAAGCUCUUCGCAAAGAGCUUGAUGGGUUGUUUGAAUACUACAAGGAAUUGAUGGAUCAGAAAGUGGGUUUGGAUUUGAAGCUGUGUGGUGGCAGUGUCAAUGCGGUCGUGGCUUCGUUGAUGGAGGAGAAAGGACUUCCUUUGUCGAAACUCGUCGACAAAAUCUACGAGGAAGUGAAGGGAAAUGGAGUUUGUGGGAGUGUGACAAUGGCGUCCGUGAAGAACACUGUUCUACUUGUUGGUCAGCGGAUUAUGUACGGUCUGUCCAAUGCCGAUGCCGAUCUCUUAGAGGACGACUCCAAGUCUUGUCUUUGGUGCUGGGAGGCAAGAGAUUUAAAGCUGAUGCCAGAAUCUGCACGUGGAAUAUUGAAUAUUAGGCGUACCUGUCGAAAAAAGAUCCAUGAGAGGAUUACAGCUGUUUCUGAAAUGAUAAUGGCAUUACAAAAGUUGGAGAGUGACCAAAAUUUCAAACACGACCUCAUAAAGGCAUCAGAAAAGCUUAGUAAAGUAUUAUGUGAGUCAAAGAUUCGUUUAUUGGUUAAUGGCCUGCUGCAGAAGAAUGGUACAAACUUGGCUCAAAAGGAAGCAAAACGGGAAGAAAAAUUGCUAAUCAAACAACUGGAGAAGGAUAAACGAGAAGCUGAAAAAGAGAAAAGGAAAUUGGAACGCGUGCUUUUAAAAGAAAAAUGUCAAAGUGAAAAGGAGCUAAAGAGGCAGCAAGAGGAGGCAGAAAAAGAUGAAAGGCGUCGCGAGAAAGAAGAAUCUGAAAUGAGGAAACAACUGAGGAAGCAACAAGAGGAAGCAGAGAGAGAUCAGAAACGUCGAGAGAAGGAAGAAGCUGAAAUUAAAAGGCAACUCUCCAUACAAAAGCAAGCUUCAAUCAUGGAACGCUUUCUUAAGAGAAGCAAAACUAGCCCAAGCCAGAAGGACCAGUCUUCAACUAAAGCAACCAUUCCUGAUUCACCAAGUAAAAAGAGUGAAAAUAUGCCUGAGGCAGUUACUCUAUCAAUGGAUUGUACUCUGUCGUCAAGUAUAGAUAUUAAUAUUGAGGAUAUCCGCAAGUCACAUGUUUCUUCGUGGCGGCUCUUGGGUCAUUCUAUUCAUCCAAACAGAAACCAGCAUUGGGGCAAACGCCAAAAGCCUAAGACUAAUCUGUUUGUGGAACUUAAGCUCACUACAAGUAGAAUAGUUCAUGAUGAUGAGUUGAGCGCAGGGAAAUUUGCAGAUGGAUUAGAAGAACAGACUUCUGAUGAAAUAUCAUGUCAGACUAGUGCAAAUUGUUCUGAUGUCCAGAAGUUCAAACGGGGGAAGCAGUUGCUGCAAUUUGAUAAGAGCCAUAGACCUGCAUUUUAUGGUACAUGGCCAAAGAAAAGUCAUGUUGUUGGACCACGCCAUCCUUUAAGGAAGGACCCGGACUUGGAUUACGAAAUUGAGAGUGAUGAGGAAUGGGAAGAGGAGGAUCCUGGUGAAAGCCUUUCAGAUUGCGACAAGGAUGAUGAAGAGGAAAUUUUAGAGGGAUGUUCAAAAGCUGAUGAUGAAGAUGAAAGUGAAGAUGGUUUUUUCGUACCUGAUGGGUAUCUUUCGGAAAAUGAGGGAGUAGAGAUUGACAGGAUGGAAACUGAUAUUAGAGUUGACGAGGCCAAUAGCUCAUCUGGCUGUCAGCAAGACUUAGAGAGUGAAGAAUUCUCUGCCUUGCUUAGGCAACAAAAAUAUUUGAACAAUUUGACAGAACAUGCUCUUCGGAAAGGUCAACCUUUGAUUAUAUUGAACUUGUUGCAUGAGAAGGACUCUUUGUUAAAUGCAGAAGAUCUUGCUGGUACAUCUAGGAUGGAACAGAUGUGCUUGCAAGCUCUAAGUAUGCGUAUGUUCCCUGGUGGACCACCAACAGAGAUCUCACUGGAUAAUGAACAAGACCAUGACCGAGAAGCUUGCCUAUCAAGUGGCAAGAGCUGUAUCACGCCAGUCUCUACUCCGACUGCUAUACCAGACUCAGAUUUGCCUACAAUAGUGUCUGCUAUUCAGUCAUGUUCACAAGGUAUCCAAAAGGUGGUUGAAUCUCUGCAACAGAAGUUGCCUGGUAUUUCGAAGACUCAAUUAAGGAAUAAAGUGCGUGAGAUAUCAGAUUUUGUAGAUAAUCGGUGGCAGGUCAAGAAAGAAAUCUUGGACAAACUUGGCAUGUCAGCAUCUCCUGAAAAUAGUUCACGUCGGACCAAAAGCAUUGCUACAUUUUUCUCGAAAAGGUGCUUGCCACCCACUGGUAAAAGCAUCAACCAAAAUGAAAGCUCUAGGGAGCCAUCUUUGAAACCAGGUUCUGAGAUGGAGGGGCAGUAGAGUUUGCGCAUAUAAACACCUAUAAGCUACUUGCUAUUUCUCGAAUGCCUUUUGUUAUAUUUUAUAAUAUUUCACAGCUUGUGCUGCAUGUUACAUGGCAUGCAUUUACAGAUUUACAUGUAACCAUAAUCCCCAUGUAGAUUGAAUUAAAUUUUUGAAUCAGAAGGUUUCCUUGACCAGUGUUCAUAAUGUUCAGUUUGAUGUCUUUCAUUUGUUA